GUAUGCUCUCUAAACUCGUUCCGAGUUGAUACUUUCUCCCUCAUAAGACCUGUGGUAGGGACAAACCGGAUGGCAAACUUUUAACUUUCUGUUCAACUUUCCCGAUGAUCAGCUAAAAUAUUGGUCAACCAAUAUUGUUAGUUAAUACUAUGUGAUUGAGGGUUGGUUUUAAUAGGUAGGGUUCGCUCCUACCCGCCAAUGACGUUUCAAACUCUAAGUUUUUUUUGUGAUUUUUUUUCGACCACCAGAAUUUUGGUGUUUCUAUAGUGCCCCUGAAACGAAAAUGACAUAAACGAGAAAGGUAAAUGAAAAAUGUCAGUAGCAUGUCGUGGCUCUAGACAUGAUGACCCGAUGGAACCUGGUUAUUGUUGCUCUUUGCGUCCUCGGAGCUGAGGUUCGAGGACGUGGAGUAGAGGAGUUCUCUCACUUAUACGGAAGUUUUGAUCAAGAUGAAUUAUUAGUACGAGUUGUGAGACAGUCUCUCUUGGAAGGACAAAACGAUGAGAACACUAUCAGCGUAUUUCAGUCUGAAAUAAAACGGAUGGUUGAUUUGGUCUUGGAAGAGAAGGAUGAUAGCUCUCAAAACACUUCUUCAAGAACGGGAAGACAGUUCUGCGCAUGUCCUGUAGCGCCUCAAGGACCUCCUGGACCUCCAGGUCAGCCUGGCUUGCCAGGACCAGCUGGAACUCCGGGUUUACCGGGGCUUCCUGGAGGAGAGGGUGCAAUUGGUCCUGCUGGAACACCUGGCGCCCCCGGUACGCCAGGAUCUGAUGGAACUCCUGGUUCACCUGGCCCUCCUGGCCCUCCUGGACUGCCAGGUGCAGAUGGGACUCCCGGUACCCCCGGCACAGCAGGAGUGGCAGGACCUCCUGGUUUACCUGGACAAUCUGGGAACCCUGGCCCACCUGGACUAGCUGGCCAAAUUGGUGCAGAUGGAACACCUGGUCAAACUGGAGUCUAUGGGUCAAAUGGAGUUCCAGGAGCAGCUGGUCCUGUUGGGCCCGCCGGUACUCCUGGUGGAGCAGGAAUACCCGGAGGUGCUGGUAGCCCUGGUGGUGCAGGACCUGCCGGAGCACCUGGCUCGGCUGGACCCGCGGGAGCUAAUGGAGACAAUGGUGACACUGGAAAUCCAGGCCCUGACGGAGAGCCCGGUGGAGCUGGAUCGCCUGGAUCAGAUGGUCAAGAUGGAAGAGACGGCACUGACGGAGUUCAAGGCCUACAGGGUGUGCAAGGUGCUCAGGGUAACCCUGGGCCUGCAGGUCAGACCGGUCCUCCUGGAGUACCCGGUCAAAAUGGAGUUUCUGGAGAUCCUGGUGCCAAUGGUAUUCCGGGACAAAAUGGACUUCCCGGUCCUCCUGGUGUCAAUGGUGUUAAUGGUGGCAAUGGGAAUCCAGGGGCCGUAGGGAGAGAAGGUACUGCUGGUAGUGCUGGUCUAAAUGGAUUAGAUGGUCUUAAUGGUCGAGAUGGACUUCUGGGACCGGCUGGGCCGCAAGGUCCGCAAGGUCCAUUUGGUGUUCAAGGUCCCUUGGGCAAUCCUGGGCCUGCUGGGCAAAAUGGCCCACCUGGACCUACAGGUCCUGCUGGUAUUCCUGGCACACCGGCGGGUAGAAAGAAAUCAUUGGUUGACCACCAGUCGUUCGGUGCGACUAGAAGGCAAGACCAAUGCAGAAAAAUAAUGUUAAUGCCUUUUGGAAUGUGCUCUAAAGUAUUCGUGAUAUUGUUGGGUCUUUACCUCAGGCCAAUUGAUAGUCGAGGGCUGGAACACAAUCUUGAUGGUGCCAACUUACCCUUUUUGAUAAAUAACUUCCAGGAUGUUCAGUUUACCGGCAGAUCUGGUUGCAAUACAACAUUCUGCGAUGUAAUUGAUGACGAGGACACUAUGGAUCUUUUGAUCUUGAAUCGGUUAGAGGAUCUGAUUGACUCAUCAUUAGCUCAACGGGUGGAGACAUCUGCCAGACAAGCGAGGCAAUUUUGUGCUUGCCCUGCAGGCUUGAUGGGAUUUCCGGGAGUAUCAGGAACCCCUGGAUUGCCAGGUCCUCCUGGAAAUGAUGGGCUACCGGGAGCAAGAGGGCCGCCGGGCAAACCUGGACCUCCUGGAAAAGAUGGACCCAAUGGAAUUCCGGGGAAAAAUGGCAUUUCCGCCCCGCCAGGACCAGCUGGUAUGCCUGGCGUGGCAGGACUACCCGGACCGCCAGGUGCAGCAGGAAGUGCUGGAUCCCAAGGGCCUCCAGGAACCGACGGAAUGGCUGGUGCUAUUGGCUCAAUCGGAGUACCUGGCCAGUCUGGGACUCCUGGAUCAAAUGGAAUGAAUGGUAUAAAUGGAGGAGCAGGUGAUCCUGGUCCAAUGGGAAGUCCAGGUCCUUUCGGUCCCACUGGUGUUGCCGGAAUCAAUGGCCCCCCUGGCCUGGCUGGGCCAAAUGGAGCAUAUGGCCAACCUGGUGUUAGUGGACUUGCAGGAACUCCUGGACUGGCCGGGGAAAAUGGUGCCCAAGGCGCUAUGGGCCCCGUAGGCCCACCUGGCGUUGAUGGGAAAGACGGAAAAGACGGUAAAGAUGGCAUCGACGGAAUACAGGGAGAGGCAGGAAUCAAAGGAUCAGCUGGCAACCCUGGAAUACCUGGUCGUGUGGGAUCCCCAGGAAUUGCUGGAUUCAAUGGUCCCAAUGGAACACCUGGUAUUAACGGACUUCCUGGACAAAACGGGGUUGACGGUUUAAUGGGGAUUCCUGGCAAUGCCGGUAUACCUGGUAACCAAGGAUCAAGAGGCGCACCUGGAGGACCAGGACCUGAUGGAAACCCUGGUAGAGACGGCUUAGAUGGCAGACCAGGUCUGCAAGGACCGAAUGGACCUAUUGGAGUGUUUGGCUCUAUAGGUCCCACUGGCGGGGUGGGCCCACAAGGGCCUGAUGGAGUCGUCGGGCCUAGAGGGCCACCGGGCCCACCCGGUACUCCUGGAGAAUCUUCUUAAAUAUUUGGAGUGUUCCAAUACUCAAAUGGCCUACCUGAAGCCGUACAUAUUGACAUACUCUUAUAGAUGUACCUUAAUUAUCAUCUCGAACCUAUAAUAUACCAAUUGAUGUUUUGCUGUAAACCAUCGACCAUUAUUUUUUAGCGUGUUUCUAGGGAUGUGUUCAGUUGCUAAAUAUUCGACUGAUUUUUUGUAAUUCAAG